AUGGAGGUCGGAGCGCGAGUCUUCAAGCAUGGGCGGGGCCUCGGAAUUGUCGCGUUGGACAAUGAAGACGGGACGUGGAACGUCGAAUUUGACGACGAUGGCGUGGAGGGUGACUUCCGUGCCGAGGACCUCGUGCUGGUGAACAGCCUCUCUUGGGCGCCGGCGGGUGCUGCUGUGGUACCCUAUCCAUGGAGCCAAGAGAAAGCUGAAGGCCACAUCAGGUUCGUUUGCUUCAGUGAUACCCAUGGCAUGCAUGACCUCAUCCCACGGGAGCAUCGUCCACCAGCCGACGUGCUCCUACAUGCAGGUGACUUCACGAAUACAGGCGAGCCGGAGCAAGUGAAAAGCUUUGGUGAGUGGCUUUCAGCAUACCCAGCACAAGAGAAAAUCGUCAUUGCCGGAAACCACGACAUUACCUUCCAUGAGCAGUACUACAAGACACGUGGUGCUGCACGAUUUCACAGAGGCGGUGCAUACGAUUGCCACAAGGCGCGGAGCUCACUGACAGGCUGCACUUACCUGGAGGAUUCUUCCGUGGACGUUCUCGGGUACAAAGUGUAUGGGUCACCAUGGCAGCCGGAUUUCUGCGAUUGGGCUUUCAAUCUGCCCAGAGGCCAGGAGAUCCGCAAGAAGUGGGAAGCCAUUCCGGAUGAUACGGACAUCCUUUUGGUGCACGGGCCGCCUGCUGGUCAUGGAGACCGUUGCCGUCAUGGCAGGGUCGGAUGCCAGGACCUUCUGGAAGUUGUUCAGAGCCGCGCUAUCUCGGCCGGGUGCUUUCAAUACUCAGUCAGUAGAGUGGUGGUGGCUGGCCACCUCCAUGAAGACCACGGCUGCACGACAGAUGAGGUCACCCUGUUUGUGAAUGCCUCAACCUGCACCUCGGAGUACAACCCGACCCAUCGGCCUAUAGUCUUCGACCUCCCAAGACGUGAGCAGCUUCGUCCCGUCACGGAGGCUGCAGCUCUGCACCGGGAGGCCCAGGUGGACGAACCUCCGGACCAGGCCAGAUCUGGGGCUUCUGCGGCCGGGACGGAAGAGGCCGUAGAGCCAGUUGCCUACUUGCUGGGCACGGCGCCGAUGUGCCGGCGCAUCCGACAAAUUAGUACGGGUCAUGCGCUCGAAGCCAAAGAUUGCAGCCAGCUUUUCACAGUGCUUUGGGAUGGUGGAGAAGCAAGCCACAGCUACACUGCCAUCCUUCGAGCCUUCGUUGCCGUAGCCUUACUGGCAGUGGGAAGCUUUUGCUCCGUGGUGGCAUUGUCGUGCGUGUGGUGGCAGGGUGCUGUGGGGGCCACCGCAUUUGCCGGGUUGGCCUCCGCGCAGGGUGGUUUAAGCCUGUGGAAGUUCGCUGGGCGCUCCGACGUCCUUGGUGUCAGCCUGCCCUCCGUGAGCUUGGACUCGUCCGUUUUGUGUGGUGGCGACUUCCAAGUACAGAUCCAGGAAGAGAUCUGCUCCGGUAUUCAUACAACACGUGGGUUUGUGAAUGCGGCUGUUUGCUUUUCAAUCGUCGCGACCCUCGCUGCCUUGAUCUCCGUCGUGGCGCUGUUGAACUGCGGUGGUGCGCUUGACCCUUCACUCGGAGCAAGGCUCUUGCUGCCGUGCAGUGGUUUGGCCACUGCUGCAGCUGGGUUAAUGAUUGCCGCAAUGAUCAUGGGCGCAGUUGCGGGACAUGGCAUGGGCUUGGGCGACUUUGGCACCUUAAGCUAUGCAAUGGGUGCCGGCGUUUACGGUGCGAUCUUCCAAAUUAUCACGCUGCUACUUGGAGCUGCUCUGGCCGCCUCGGCUCGGAGCAGCCUCAGCUGGAAAAGCUUACCACACGCAGAUGAGCCUCGCGUGUAA